UGGGUGGUGCUUUUAAUACUUAAAACGUCAGUAUAAUGAGAGUAUACAUUUGAAACACACACAGAUUCUCAUUGUGAUUGUUUACUCUUUCCGUUAGUAUUACCUCGUUCAAACUUUCAACGUAAAAUGGCCGUAACUUUAGGAAUUUGCCUUGUGGUCAUCUGCGCGUGGGCAAUAGAUGGCUAUCCAGCUAAGGUAUCUGAAUUUCAAGUCAAUCAACUUUCAAAAAAUGAAUAUGAACAAAAAGAUGUUUUAUUUUCGACGGACAUGUCCAACAGUCUGGGCCCGAGAAGAAUCGUUGGACCAAAUGUAGGACAGUUCCGACCGGAAUCGGACUGGACGUACCAGCUAGUGGACAAUUUGGACGGGAGGAGUAAACGUCAAAAGAGACAGGUUAAGAAAUCAUCGGAAAAGAGGAAAGUUCUGCCGCGGAAAAAUAAACCAGUCAGAGGAAAGAAGCCUAAUCGAGAAAGAAAACCAGUUCAAAACAGACCAAAGGGGCUUCCUCAACGUCAAAAUGAGGGUAUCUUCAAAAAGUCUCUUCGGGAUAUUCUCAUCCUCGGUACUAAAAAGGAGUCGCAAAAGAAAGGCAAACCCAACGGAACCAGACGAAAAACGCCACGACGUUCCAAUAAAGGCAGUUUUUCUAUCGUUCCCGCCAAACCAAAGCCCAGACGAGGCUGGAGGUCAAGGUUAAGGUCACGUGCAAGGGCAAUGGCCAGGGCAAGAGCAAGAUCAGGAUCGGGAUCACGGAAACCUAAAUCAAAGAAGAUUACCAGGAAAACAGUUCGUAGAGGAUUUGUCAUAUUGGACUAAAAAUGGAGAAAACGAAGGCUUUCACAACACAGGGACUUAAAUUUAGCUAGUCAGAUGUAUGAUAUACUAAAGCGGGAGGGGAGGGGCUGGAAAAAGAUCAGAAAUAUCAAUAGCAUAUGUUGUUGUUUUUCGGGAUUUUAAAAGAAAUAUUUAGAGUAAAUUAUUUAAAAUAAUUCAAACAAUAAACAUGGCUAGCUAAAUUCAAGAGCAAAUAUGCGACAGAAAAGUAAAUCAAACGAAACCACAACUGACUUGUUAUUCUACCGUAAGGAAGUAAAUGUCCUGCUUGAGACAUAAACAGUUGAAUGAUUGAUUGAAGUUUACGUUUGAAAGACAUCAGUCAGUCACAAUAUAUACACAAGCCUUGAGCUGUUGUUUCCGUAUAUAGGUACUGUUAUAAUUGAUUAAAUUAAAUGCAGACUGUAUUUUCUGUAAGCCAUCAAUUUCGAUCCCGGGAUAUGCCUAAUUUAUGUUUUCAGAUUUCAUUUUAACGAAAACAUCACCUGAUUUUAAUUUUGAUGUGUUGCCUCCUUGAGUUAAUGACAUAAUGCUUCCUGGAAACAAAAACACGUGUUUCUGUUUUAAUGUCAUGACCCUUAUGAUCAUAGAUCCAAAAUGGAUUUGUAAAUUCAUGCUAACCGUUUUGCUUAAUAAAGCAAAAAGACAACAA